AUGGCUUCAAAUCAAAUUUUUCUCCAUAUUACUGGAGGGAGAACGGUAUGGGUUCCUGCCCACAAGGCUGCGCCCCACGAAAACAAGCCCGUUCAUAUUCUCGCCUCCGUAACGUCGAUGGAGCUCUCGCGGUCCUUCUACCUUUACGACUAUCCUGUUCAGGUUGUCGAGGAUCCUCGCCAAGCUGCGGUGAGCCCGAACUGCAAAACUGUCCAAGAUGUCAUCGUAGCCGUGAAUGAAUUCCGUCGGGCCUGCCAGGCGGACCACGAGUAUUUAUUCCAGCGUUGCUAUGACCCGAAGAAGCCGCACGCGGGGAUGCCAGCCUCACAGCCCAUCAGCGUCCAAAACCCCGUCGGGCAGACCGAUCUUCUCGCCCAACUUCUUCAACAACGCCAACAACAACAGCAGCAGCAGCAGCCAAUGAUCCCCAGUAGUCUGCUGAAUGCGGACGCCUCGAUGGACGGAGGGGCCGCGUCCUUGUCAACCUCGGUGGGUGGGGUCCUUGGCAGCAUGGGGGAUGCCAGCACCAACGGCGCUAAUCGCUAUAAUAACAGAGCCCAGGGCAAUUACAUGGAGAACUUUGGGAAUAAAAAUGCAAUGGGGGAUAAUAAAUCGAUGAUGAUGAUGCUUGGGGUUGGAAUGCCUUCGGCGACGCCGUCGUCCUUUAGCCCGACGACGAUGAUGUUAGGCGGGGUUACCAGCUCGAAUCCAACUCAUGGUAACUACAACGCGGCGAACAACCCCGGCAAUAUGUUCUUCCCGAAUAAUAUGAUUCCAUCGAUGAUGAUGAUGCCACAGGGUCCCUUUGGGCAUUCGAAUAGCCCGAACCCGGCUUCCUCGAACGGUACGAAUCGUGUAGGACCCUACAAUGGCGAAACGCGUCGAGAACCCGAACUAAUUGAGAUCAAAGUAAAGAUCCCGGACGAGAUCCUCCGUACGUACACCAACCCCUCCCAAACGUUGGUAUGUGCCACCAUGCCUGGGCCGCGCAUGACGGUGUGGUUACGCGAACACCCCGUCCCGGAGAACAAGAAGGACUUAAAAUAUGUAUUUUGUAAAGGCGGUAUUGUGUUGAUGUUAAAAGCCCAAGGCAGUGAGGUCAAAGACAGCAAACCGGUUGAACUCUUCCCGAAGCAGAUUUGUACUCACUUUCUAAUUCAUGGGUACUGCUCCAGGACGAAUUGCUUGCAUGAGCACCACUCAGAGGAGCAGCUGCGCAAAUUGAUCGCGGCCCGGCAUGUGGAGCUCAAGGCCAUGACGAAAAAGGAGCGGCACCAACUGAUUGAUAAGAUUUUGGAGAAGGAAAAGAACGGCCUUCGCGCCGCAGAGGAGGAGCGUGAGGCCCGGCUUCGUCAACGCCAAGGCCGUCUUCAGGCCAAAAACCAGCUAGAGCAGGGCCGAACCCGGCCCUCGCACGACAAUGACGAGACCGCCCUAACCCACCUCCAUGACGACACCCCCAAGCAACUGGACAACCUCAGCGACGACAGCAAUGACAACGGGGACCGGCAAGGGGCGCCCGGGGUUUCGGUCAAGGCCGCGAAUUCCUCGGAAAGUCAUGGGUUAACGCCUUUUACGGUGGGGAAGAAGCCUGGACAGGCCACCGCCGCGGGAGGGCUGCUGGCCCCCGCCUCCGGGAUCUCCAAAAGCGUGACGAACGUCACCAACCUCGGCGUCACCGACAGCGGCGAUGAGGACAGCUCCAGUGAUGCUAGCAGCAAUAGCAGCUCAUCCUCGUCGUCGUCGUCGCGGUCGCCUGCUCGAAGCGAAAGCGAAAAGGGCGAACCUGUGGAAAAGCCAAAGACCAAGCCCUCGCCCAAGGUGACGCCCGCCGUCAAAGACCUCAACGAAGUUGCCAAAUCCACAUCGCUUGAUGGCAACCCCGUGAAGGAGAUGGUCAAGAAAUCGACGGUGAUGAAAAUGGAGAAAACAGCGGCUAUCAGUGUCAACGCGGAGAAAGAGGAACCGGAGACCAAUGGGGUACCAAAGGCCAAGAGUGAAACUCCUACCGAACACAGCAAAGACGAGGAGGCAUCGGUGGAAGAACUUGAAUCCGAAGUGGAGGAGGAUGAAGAACAACUGACUGUAAAACGCAAUAAAAAGGCUACCAAAGCUGCUCCAAAAAAGUCACCCAACAAAAAGGCGAAAUCCGAACCGAAAAAGCGUGAGCGUCCAGCAAGUACUUCCAAAAAGGCACCUGUCAAACGAACGAAGAAAUAA